AUGAAGGACGAGGAGACUUUUCUGGGCCUUCCUCGCGACGAGGAUCUUGGGGCGCAGGUCCGCGAGGUGGAGGUUACUACGGCGGAAAUCCCCGGUGGCCAAAGAGCACCCGAGCUGUACGACAAGAGCAAGAUUCUUAAGCUUGAGGCCGAGGCGCAGAAGUUGAGAGAGAUGAUCGAUAAGAAGGAAGAUGCGAAGAGGCAAAAACUCAGGGAGUGGGACAGUCUUGAACGCGAGGCGGAUACGGCUCAGCUGAGGGUUGACCUUGCAGAGGGUUCACUACGAAGCAUAAACGGCGAGGCGGAUGUCAGCGAUGCCUUCUAG